AUGGCAUCACAUACAAAGCCGAGCCCGGAUAUCGUUCGGAGCAGAGAUGCAGCGAGCAACACCCACGACCGUCGGACGAUGACCAGAACAUCGAGUUCAAAUGGACGAUACAGCUUCGGGAGCAGUGAGACGGGCGAGUCCAGCACCGCAAGCCACAAAGAUGGGUCCUCGAUGUCGGAUCGUACCCGGGUGGGAGACGGAAACGGAGAUGGAGAAAGCAAUGGGAAGUUGGAAGCUCAGCAAGUGACGGCAGUAAAGGGUGGGAAAGGAAGCCACAGGAAUCAUAGGAACAGGACGAGUGGUGGCUUUUUACUAUCGAAAUCACCUUUCGAGCAUCCACCCCGGAAUUCCUCGAAUUCCCCUGAGCCAGAACAGAUCCCCCGCCAACGCUCCAGUGCCCACGACCGCAAAGGCAAAGCAACGAUACGAAAUACCCAUGUCGACAAGAGGCAUACCAAGACUCUUUCCAAUGCGGGUACACGAGCUCGUAGCAGUCCAUUAGCUAGCAAUGUGAGGAAUGCAUCACCCGGCCUGGAACAAAGCUCAGAAGUCGAAAAGGACGACUGGGCCGAAGGUGACAACAAUGUGGAAGAAAAAUCUGCGGCACCCAGUCUUGACGUAGAUUCUGUUCAGAUUGUAAAUUUGGCACUAAAUCUGAACGAAAGCAGGAGAAUUGCUGCUAGAAGGAAUAUCUCGACCCCCCUACCACCCAUUACCCAGGACUUUGCCGAGGGGUUUGCCGGAGGAAGCCUUCGCCAUCAUCUUCAGCAGCAAAGGCGGUCAUCUAGAAAUAUAUCACCAAAGCCGGAACGUGGAGAAAGAGGAUCGUCUUCAUCGCCCAGAAUUUCUUCUGGUUACAGGUCCAACAGUCCUUUACAGCCUGCCUUCGAAAUCCCAUCGGAGAGUGAUUAUCAGUACCGUUUCUCACAAUCCACUCUAGCCCGCGCCGAAAAGGCCAAAAAGGCAAUUGAACUUAUGGCCGAGUAUCGUCGUGUACUGCAGUACCUCCCCCCCUUGAAGCCCCAACCCCAAGUAGAGCGUGCUCCCGAAGAAUCCCUUACUAGCCCUAUUUCUCCCAUUUCUGCUCCCUCCUCGCGAGCGACUUCUGUAACCUUUCCGACACCAAGGCCUCUGGGAAGACCGUAUAACCCCCUGCAGUAUAUCAGGAAUCGAAAAGUUCGGUUGCGAGCAGGCCAGACAGUCAAUGGAGAGGCCAAAGGCUUUGGCAACAUCGAUCAAGUAACAUCUUGGGUGGAUCAAAUAUCCAAAGAGUCAUCGACUGAGGACUUUCAAGCUUCGGAUUGUUUGUUUAUUCCAGCUCUACCCAAGCCCUCAGAAGAACCAACUUCUCCGCAUGCCUCCCCAAAAUCUAACAUCAGUAAAGGCCUAAGAACCAGACGUCCUAGAAAUGACUGGACCACAGAACCAACGGAUAUGCUAGCAGAUAUUCUGUGGUUGGAGCAGGAUGACCACAAGAAGCUUAUUGAAGAUAGUCGCGGAAACAGAAUAUUUCCACAAAAAGUCGAAUUGAAACGACCAAUAUCACGAAGAGGUGAUGAUCUAAGUCCCCAGCAAAUUGCUGGUUCUGGUUACAAGGCAGAGUCCCCUGAGACUAAUUUACGAAUCGAUACAAAGCUGCCUAAUUUCACAUCCGUAAAGGCGGAAACGGAAAAACACUCGGACAGCGCUGCUUCGAAAGCGAAACAAAAAUUACGGCAUGUGAGAAAUGCUGCACGUGGGCACCAUGGUCAUCAUAGCCCAGUAGAACAUGGGGUUACCAAGAUUCGCUCGAGAAGUAGAUCGGACUCUUCAUCUGAAAGUGAUCGCCGCCCAAACAAACUAUCUCGAAGACGACGGAGUGGAACUACGGAUAGCCAUGACCGUCAUGGGGCGGAAAUCCUAGAAAAACAAAUGAUGGAAAUGCUUGCGAAAGAGUCUCAAGAGAAUGACUGGAAUCUCUCCAAUGAUGAGAGCCAACGAACACGAUACUCGAGCGAUUUCCCAAAACCUCCAGCCGUUGGAAGGUCGGAAUCAAGCAAGAAUGGCUCAGCUGCCCACAGUCGGUCUGGCUCAAUCGUCAACAAGGAACGAAAUGGGGGCAUAAAUCGAUAUGUUUCGUCUGGUAGACCCAGUCUUGAAGUCACGGGAAUGAGUUCGAGGCGUUCCAUGGAAGAACUUGAUAACACCGCUCCCAAUUCCCCUGAGACGAAAGCUUCACGGGCGCCUCUUGCUUUCAUUCCAAGUAUAGCCAUGGACCUCUCUCCGCCUAUUAGUCGAUCAAUCUCUCCAACAAGAACGAAAGCCAAACAUAAAAUCACCCCAUUCCGCGACCACAGCAGGGAUCGAAAUCGACAACGCUUGCCAUUUGAGGAAGAAUCUCCUCUCUCGGCCCAUCUCAAGGAGCUCGUACCUGACAUUCCAAGUUCAACAGAGAAACGCAGAAGGUCAAUCAGCCCGGUGAAAUCAGCGCCUCGUAAAUCAGACGAAAUUUCAAAGCCAUCUCUGAAGAAAAACGGUAGUGUUCGCAAAGCGAAAGGAGAGGAUUCUGGUAUUAAGGGGCUCUUCAAGAGCAGUCGCAAUCCGCUUGCAAGAGCCGGUGACUUCAUUUGGAAGAGUGCAAAGGAACAGUUGCCAGGCUUCAGUUCCGCAGUUUCCACGGACGAGUCGGAUGCAGAAGACGUCAAUACGCCACAAUCCAAAACUCAAAUUAGCCAUUCCCGAGCCAGUUCAGUCGGUAUUUCUGACGCGGAAAUGACAGAGCUCCUUGGUAGAAAGGGAGACGCUUCUUAUUCUCACGACCUGCCAAGUUUCAAAUCGCCAUUUGAAGGAAGAGGACGUUCUGUGAAGAGUCGAGUCGACCAAUCAAAAUCCAAGUCCGACCCACAGUCCACGGAAACAUUACCAGAUAGCACUUUAAUACUCAAACCACCUCCCACAAUUAACGUACAUGGUGCAUCACCACCGACCGCUCUACCAGAUGGGCUUGUCACCCGUCGGUUGCGAGAUCCCUCUCCUUCAGACGUCGAAUCCCGUCGCCAGAGCUUGGCAACCGGCACUCGUCUUAACGAAAUCCUAGGAAUGCCUGGUCAUCGACGUGACGGCCUCCCAAUAACCGGUCUAGCGAAUCUAGAAGUCAGUCAACAAGCCCACGCAUCAAUAGACAACAGACGUCAUUGGAGUAUUUCCGACCGCGAAGUCUCCGUGCAACGAGGACCAAUGACCAAGGUCGAGAUCGCUCGCGUUCGCGCUCUUCUAGUCGGCUCCGGUAUAAAAGCCAGUGAGAUCUCUCGUCGAGCAGCGGAACUUCAGAAUCUGAGAGAUUCGGAGAAUCCCCAUUACAGGGGUGUGGCUCACCUCGCCCCUGACAACAAAACGAACUUGCUCGUUCAAAGAAACAAACAACAUAUCCUCGCCGCGAACCUCCUGACGAACGAUGUCCAGCUUUCGGCGAGAAUGUGGAAGUCCACCGCAGACAACUUCUCCCAAAAAAACGUCAACGAACUCCUUGGCUCCAUUGAGACCCUACAUGGUACAUUGAGUCAAAAACUCACCCCUUUGACGAGGAAGAUCGGGGACGAAGCGGAUGAGGUUAGUAAGGAUCUCGUUACCAGUCAAACGUUACUUGUCAAGGAGCUCAGUGAUAAAAUUGAGGUUAUGAUGCGGAGACGACGACGCAGGUUCAGGUGGUUGCGACGCGGAGGGUGGGUGUUGGUUGAAUGGGGGCUUGUGGGGGUUAUGUGGUGGGUUUGGUUCUUGGUUGUUAUCGCCCGUGUGGUGUUGGGUGUAGGGAGGGGGUUUGUGGGCGUGGUUAGGUGGUUGUUUUGGUUGUGA